AUGACCUCCUCCUCCUCCUCGUCGAACCCUUUCUCGAAAAGUGUGGCGAAACCGUCGUCGAAGCCGUCGAAACCGUCGUCGAAACUAUCCUCCGUUCCCCCUAUACCCAACCUCUCUCCGUCUGCCUCCUCGCCCGAACGGCUUCUCGAUCCCCGCGACUCGGCCAUCGUCACCGACGCCGCUCGAGCCGACGUCCCCUCGACGGGAGUUGCCAACAGCUCCGCCGCCGCUCCCUCUCCCGGCAGCCGUCUCGCUGGCUCCGCCGGCGGUGACAUCGAGAUGGAGCCCGUCACCGGCCACCGCCGACGGAAGAGCAGCAUCAUGAGCCCCCCCGGCGUCGGCCCGUUCGCUCAUCGCCCGCACCCUCACCCUUCCGUCAGCAUACCCCAGGACGCGAGGCUCCUCCAGGGACCCAGCUCCGCUCGCUCCGCCCGCUCGUCGCGGGAGGGAUCGGCGAGGGACAGCUCCGGCGAGGAUGAUGUUCGCGACGACGAGGAGAUGGGCCUCAGCUCCCACGACCGCCGUCGAAGGCGGCGGAAGCGUCGGAGGAACACGAGGCUCGACAACCGCAUCGCUCGAGAGAAGACCGUCUCGGAAGACGAGCGAAAGGAGGCCGACAUGAGCGUCGUCAAGAACCUGGCCAUCACCUGCACCUUCAUCCUGCUCUGGUACAUCUUUUCCUUGAGCAUCUCGCUCUAUAACAAGUGGAUGUUCGACAAGAACAACCUCAACUUCCAGUUCCCCCUCUUCACCACCUCGCUGCACAUGGUCAUCCAGUUCUUCCUCGCCGGUGCCGUUCUCUACUUCAUCCCCUCGCUGCGGCCGCAAAGCGGAUACAGCUCCGAUGGCGGCAGGUCGCGGCACGAGACGGAGCCGGCCAACGGCCCCGCCAUGACCAAGCUCUUCUAUCUCACCCGGGUCGGCCCCUGCGGCGUCUCGACCGGUCUUGACAUCGGGCUGGGCAACGCGUCGCUCAAGUUCAUCAGCCUCACCUUCUACACCAUGUGCAAGUCGUCGUCGCUCGCCUUCGUCCUCGUCUUCGCCUUCCUCUUCCGUCUCGAAGUCCCGACCUGGCGCCUCGUCGCCAUCAUCGCCACCAUGUCCUUCGGCGUCGUCCUCAUGGUCUUUGGCGAGAUCGAGUUCAAGCUCGGCGGCUUCGUCCUCGUCAUCUCCGCCGCCUUCUUCUCCGGCUUCCGCUGGGCCCUCACCCAGAUCCUGCUGCUCCGCAACCCUGCGACGUCGAACCCCUUCUCCAGCAUCUUCUUCCUCACCCCCGUCAUGUUCGUCACCCUCAUCUCCCUCGCCGUGCCCGUCGAGGGUGUCGGAGCCCUGUGGGAGGGGCUCAAGGGUCUGAGCCAGCAGUGGGGCCCCGUCAUGACCCCCCUCUUCCUCGUCUUCCCCGGAUGCAUCGCCUUCUGCAUGACGGCGUCCGAGUUCGCCCUCCUCCAGCGCACCUCGGUCGUCACCCUGUCCAUCGCUGGCAUCUUCAAGGAGGUCGUCACCAUCUCGGCCGCCUCCGUCGUCUUCGGCGACAAGCUGACCCUCGUCAACUUUUUCGGCCUCAUCACGACCAUGGCGGCCAUCGUUGCCUACAACUACGUCAAAAUCAGCAAGAUGCGGGAGGAGGCGGUGCAAACCGUCCACGGCUGCCAUGUCGCCGCAUCGCCUGCUUCACCCGUGAGCCAUAGUGGAAACGACAGCGGCGACGAGGACAAUGACAGCAAUGAUGAGAUGGCCGGUCUGCUGUAUCGGAGCUCCAGCAUGGGCCAGACGUCAGGCUCGUCGGAUGGGAGCACCCAGAUGAACCUGCCGGCCGGCGACGACCACAAAGGUCACAAAUCGAGGCGAACGGAUUGA